AUGAUUCUUGAUCCGAGUAACCUCGCUAUCGGCCCUGUCCGGCGCUUCAACAUUCAAAGACCCCGUGUUAAAGCCACCGACGACCCCUGGUGGGAUGGACGCUUCCGGUCUAAAAGUGCUGAUGAAUUGGAUGCUCCCAUUGGUAGCCUCACAGGGUCGAACCGAGUUUUCAAAUCUGAUGGCAGUUUGUCGAAUGUACGCGGAUCCCAAUCUGAUGAUGAUUUGCUGAGUAUAGGCGGGCCUUCGACCGAGGGCUCACCGAUCACUGACUCCGACAGUGAAACGAUUGAUAAAGAAUUCAUGAAUGCCAGUCUGGAGUCGAAUACUCCGAUGCAGUUUGACGACGUGGAUGGAGGAAUAAGUCUCAAGGGUGUGUUCGGUAAGGGUCGGAAGAAAAAGCUCUCGAAGGCAAACUCAUUGCUUGCCGGCGGUCAAGCCGAUAUAGCCAAUAAGGAAAUCAGAAAUGCAAAAGCGUCUCUGGAGAAGGUUGGUCCAUUCCAGAGUUUUCUCUCGAGUUCUUCGAAGCUGAGAAAAAUGAUGGAGAAAGGUCGUCGUCGUAAGUCAGCGAUAGCCCCACUGGUCCCUGAGGCCAGGCCCGAAUACUUGAGGGUUGACUACAACAGUGAAGACGCAUGCAUAACGGUCUUUGCUCGCCUUGAGUACCUCUUGCGCUGCCAUAUAAUGGAGUACAUGGUGAAGCUGGAACGCUCACAGACCAUCUCGCUCGAGCAUACACCAGCCGUUUUCCUCAAGAACUUCUGUCGUAGUGUGCUAUUCAAAUAUUAGCAGUGAGAGCUACAAUGCUGUGUUGUGACAUUCAUUCCAAUCAUCAAGAUGUGCCUGUUCUAUCUGUAUGUGUUAUCUGGGUCC